GCCUCUCUCCCCCCACCCUCCCCGAUCUGCCCCUUUUUUGCUCCUGCCCAAACUCCGCCCUUUCUCGCCACACGAUGGUCCGCUUCUUCCAGAGCACUGCCACCGAUCCUCCGACCAUGAUCUACGUCGGUCGCGACAAGGAGGAGAACGAGGACCUCAUCAAGCAUGGCUGGGAUGAGGAUGUCUGGUUUCACGUUGACAAGCUCUCAUCGGCUCACGUCUACCUGCGCAUGAGCCCUGGCAUGACCUGGGACAACCUGCCUGAGGCGCUGCUGAACGAUUGCGCGCAGCUGGUCAAGGCCAACAGUAUUGAGGGUAACAAGAAGGACAACAUUUCCAUCAUCUACACCCCCUGGUCCAACUUGAAGAAGACCGGCGCCAUGGAUGUCGGCCAGGUGUCCUACCACAACCCGAAGCUCGUCCGCUACGUCAAGGUGGCCAAGCGGUGCAACAUCACGGUCAACCGCCUGAACAAGACCGAGCGCAUCGAGUUCCCGGACCUGCGCGCCCAGAAGGAGGAGCACCUGAACAAGCUGGCCUUCGAGAAGCGCGAGCACCAGCGCCAGCUGGACAACCAGUCCCGCGAGCAGCAGCGCCUCGCCCGGGAGGAGAAGGAGCGCAACAGCUACGACCGGCUCUUCGAGAACACCGGCUCCAUGCUCUCCAACAAGGAGGCCAGCAUGCUGGGCAUCGAUCUGGAGGAGGAUUUCAUGUGAGCGCUUGAGAGAGCCGUCCUCCCGUGUAGCUUCCCUCCCCCUCCCCCCUUUCUCGCAUGUACGCGCGGCUCAAACUCCCGCGCCACACUCGGGCCUCGGACACAUCCUGCGCAGGCUUGCCCUGGAGAAUGCCCUCCCUUUGCCACCUCCCGAAUACACCCCUGUGCGCGCACACGCGCUUCACACCCA